GCAGUACGCAAGCGCUGGAGCCUCCCCACUGAGGGCAGGCGUGUCAAGACUGCGCACAGGUGUAGGUCCUGGACGGAGCCCAAAAGGCAGUCCGUGGGUUUCCGGUUCCGGGAGUAGCCAACGGCAGCCGAGGCUACAAAACUAGUGCUUUGGCCGAGCCUGCGGUGGAGGAGGAAGAGGAAGAGUGGACCAGGCGGGGCGCGCGGGGCGGAAUCUUCCCCAUGGGUCCACGGGCCUAGCGCGGUGGAAGCUAAGGGCCGCGUGUCCAGCUGGCACUUCUUCAUUUCCAAAGUACCUAUGGCUGAGGACUGGCAGGACUGCCCAGCCCUGGGCCCUGGCUGGAAGCGACGUGAGGCCUUUCGAAAGUCAGGGGCCUCUUGUGGACGCUCAGACAUCUAUUAUCAGAGCCCCACAGGAGAUAAGAUUCGAAGCAAAGUUGAACUGACUCGAUACCUAGGCCCUGCGUGUGAUCUUACUCUCUUUGACUUCAGACAAGGCAUCUUGUGCUAUCCAGCUCCCAAGACCCAUCCUGUGACUGUCCCCAGAAAGCAAAAAAAGAAGCCUUCUAAACCAGCCAAGGCUAAGAAACGUCAGGUUGGGCCGCAGAAGAGUGAGGUCAGGAAGGAGACUCCCCGGGAUGGGAGUAAGGCUGGCUCUGGCACAGCUCCGGCUUCGUUGCCUGCUCCCGGGUGCUGUGAGAAUUGUGGGAUCCACUUCUCAUGGGAUGGUAUCAGAAGGCAGAGGCUCAAGGCAUUGUGCAGAGACUGCCGAGCACAGAGAAUUGCCUUCAACCGAGAACAGAGAAUGUUUAGGAGAGUUGGCUGUGGAGAGUGUACAGCUUGCCUUGUAAAAGAAGACUGUGGGACUUGCUCCAUCUGCCGCCUACAGCUGCCACACGAGGUGGCCUCAGGACUCUUCUGCAAGUGUGAGCAGAGACGCUGCCUACGGAUUGUGGAGAAGAGCCGAGGGUGUGGAGUGUGUCGGGGUUGUCGGACCCAAGAAGACUGUGGCCGUUGCCGAGCCUGCCUUCGCCCUUCCCGCCCUGGUGUCAAGCGUCAGUGGAGGUGUAUGCAGCGGCGCUGCUUUUGGCACUUUGCUCAUCGCUUCCAUGGCCACCCUCAAGGAUGUCACCGAUGCCCUCCCCAGGUUGUGGUUUCCCCCACUGGUAAACGUAAGUGUCGUAAGAGUGGCUCGAAGGUGGCUGCCCAGCAUCACUCCCAAGCUCAGCCACUGCCUCCACUUCCUGCAGCGCAGCAGCCACAGCGCACAGAGCUGCACAUCAGCGACCUAGCGCCCACAUCACCUGCUGAGUUCAUCUAUUACUGUGUAGACGAGGACGAGCUACACCGUUCCCCUCCACCCCAGCAGCCCUACACGAAUCACCGGCAGAACCGCAAGUGCGGGGCCUGUGCAGCCUGCCUACGGCGGAUGGACUGUGGCCACUGCGAUUUCUGCUGCGACAAGCCCAAAUUCGGGGGCAGCAACCAGAAGCGCCAGAAGUGUCGUUGGCGCCAGUGCCUGCAAUUUGCCAUGAAGCGACUGCUGCCCAGUACUGGGUCAGGGUCUGAGGAGGGAGUAGUAUCGCCUCCACGUCAUUCUUGUCGAAAGAGGCUUGGUUCUCCUCGACAACUCCGUGUGAGCCCUUCCUUAAAGGCCCCUUUGGCUGUGCUUACAGCCCCACCAGGCCCUGCUCAGGCUUCAGCCAAGCAGCAAGCAGGUAGAGACUCUGUGCUGCCCCCACCUGACACAGACCUUGUGUUUUUACGAGAAGGUGCCAGCAGUCCUUUGCAGGUGCCUGGUCCUGCUGCAGCUUCCUCUGAAGCCCCAUUACAGGAGGCCCAGUGCUCUGCCCAGAGUUGGGCUGUGACCUUGCCUCAGGUGAAGCAAGAAAAGGCCGAUGCUCCAGAGGAGUGGGCAGCAGACACAGCCUUCCUGACUUCACCCACAUCGCAGCCUGGCUGCCCUAGCAAGGUUAGGGAGGCAGUACACACAGACCUUGUACCCGUGAAACAAGAACCCCCUGGCCCUGAGGAGGACAGAGAAGAAAACAGAGAAGAUUAUAUCUCUGCAUCAACCCCAGAAGAGGAGACAGGAGGGGUUGGCACACCAGUGAUCACAGAGAUUUUCAGCCUGGGUGGAACCCGCCUCCGGGAUGCAGCAGCCUGGUUGCCAAGGUGCUCCAUACAGGCUCUCCUCUUGGGAAAGGAACAGAAGGACUGAUUCGCCGUGAUGAAAUUGGAAAGAAAACAGAUCAAGUGAGGCUGGUCCCCUUUUAAGGGUCAGACUUUACAUAAGCAUUCUUACUCAGAAGAUCACCAUUUGUGGUCUUGAAGGCCUUAGAAGUCUCCAAGUGUCCAUUAUUGGGUGAACUGUCUCUGAUGGUGGGAAGAAUGUGUGUCACACAGAUGACAUUAGACUUGCACAAGCAGUGGAGUGAGUUAGGGGAUUGGGCUUUAAGUGGCUCUGUGGGCCGAGUCUAUGUGUAGCUGUGUGAUCUCAAGUGUAAUUCCCACUUCCUAGAGUAGCCUCUGGGUAGAUUUGGGCUGUGUGUCACAAACCUUUCCUGUUGAGUUUACUGUUUCAGAUACUGUGUAGAACUGUCCCCUUAAGUCUAGUAACAGAGGUCAGGAGACAUGCCAUUGUGGUAGUGGAAGGAGGUCCCACCCCCAAGGUUUAAAAAAAAAUCUACUGGGCCAACGACCUGGAUUCCAUUGUUCCCACACACCAGUUUUAAUCGCUAGGAAACCCAGUAGUGUAGGAAAUGGAGGUGACUAAGACCCUGCCUGGUGUACAGCAGAUGGGAACUUCCAUUGGUGAUGAUACUGCAGCCUGUAAAGCUUACUCACGAGGAGAUAGAGAAUCCCUGUCUCCCGGGAGCUUACGAUUUUCUGGAAGAUGCAAUUCCCUCUUAACAGAGAAGUGCUGUACUGUUUACCUUGCUAGUCUGUAGAAGAAAGGAAAGUGACCAUUGGUAAAUGGAUGCAGAUGCAGAGUAGUAGGAGAUGGUUGUGUGAUGCUCUUUUUUAUACAUGGCAAACCUCAUUCAACAGACAGACCUGCUCCCUCUUCCCUAGGUCCAAGGACCUUAAAAAACCUGAAGCUAAAAUGCAGUAGACUGGAGGCUUCUGCUGACUGUAGGACUGGAGAUGAUAUUUGCAGACCGGCUUUGUGAGAAACAACCUUGACCUGCCAGGUGCUGGGCCCUGGCCUGGUUGCAGAGCUUGUUUGUGAAUCAACCCUAGGAGAAAAACUGGCGAGCACAAUCGAGGAACAGGCAUGCUUAGUCCUUGAAGCUUAGAGGAAGCAAAGUGGAAAGGAAGAAAAAGUGUAGAAGGCUGAAAGAACGUCCGCUCCUCCCAGGACUGCAGCUCGAUGAAAAGCUGGACGUAGGGGUAGGGAAGAAUAUAAUUGAAGCCACUACAAACCACUCAAACAAGCCAUCUUCGUAACUUGGUUGAUGGUUUCUGGAUGACACCUGGCAGUUAUUUUCUCAGGGAAACAGCAGUUGAAAUGCUACAGAAUAAAGGAGGAAAAGGCAUUGCUGUUUGGUGUGCUCCUCCUGUGGGGCCACUUAAUGAACCCUCACAGUAGUCCUUAGGAAACCUGAGUGGUACUGUGCACUUUUGCAGGUGGGUAAACAGAUUCAGAAGAGAUGAACCCAGUGUUAGACAGCUAGUGUUAGUAGAGUCUAGAAAUACACCAGGCUAUAAAAAGCUUUGUUCUUUAAUCCACUAAACUGUUAACUGCAGUCUUUUGUGCAAUAAUGUAUAUUACAAUAACAGUUUUAGUGACUUCAAAAAUACCAGUGAAUCACUAUGAAUACUGCAAGACAUCCUUUAUACUUUUGCCUCUGUGUGGUUUAGGGAAUGCCCAGGCUAUGGGUGGAUGGGGUUACCUUCUCAUCAGGGCAUUGGCUCAUCUAGAAUCUAGGUUCCCUGAAGGCCCUAGAUGCUGCAUAGGAUCCCUCAACCUAGAAAGUGUGUUCUUCCCCACUGCUGCUGACAAUUUCCUUGAGCCCAGAUGGUCUCACGUUAGCCAGAGCAGUACUUGGAGCUAAAACUGCCAGCCUGGCCUGGCCUUUCCUGGCAGCAUAUUCUCUCUGAUGACCUUUGUGUUUGUUUCCUGCCCUUAGCUCAAAUGUUUGUUAGGAGGCUGAAUUAACUUAUGCACGGAGUCCUGCCCACAGGCCGGUCUUGGCUCAGCCUUACCUCACUUUCCAUACUUAAAUGCCAAAAAGAAAUGUAAUUGGUUGCUUAGCCAGCUUUACCGGGCCAGGACUGAGUGCCUCAUCAUACUUUGUGUCCUGUGUGCCCCACUUGCUGUAGCUUAGUCCCAGCCCUGCUGCUUUAGGUAAUUUCAUAUGGGGAUUUCUCAUUUCUUAUUUCCAACUUACAAGGCACAGCUCUGUCAGCUUCUACUCUUCCUUUGCCCUGAUUUGCCUAGUUCUGUCCUGCAGUCACAUUGGUUUUUCACCCCUAGAGCACACCACUUGUCCCUAGUAGUCUAGCAAUUCUGAUGGUGAAGUUCUAAGGGUAACAAUGUCUUUGGUUGGCAUUUGACCUGUGAACAAAGAUUGUGGUUACUAUGUGACUAGGGUACGAUCAAAAGAUCAGAACUACUACAACAAAGAGUAGUGUAUGUGUUUUAAGGGAGUUUUGGGAAACAUUUUGCAUUACAUAAUUUUGGGAGAUGGUUCAGUAGCCUCUAAGGCUGUCAUUUGUAUGUAAUGCUGGAACUUAAAGUAUUCAGGACAGGCUGGCAGGAAGGGAAGGUGGAUGGACACAUGGGAGCCCAUGAACAAGAGUUGGAAUUCAAGAAGAUGGCCUGGAACCAUGUCAGUGUCUCACCGUCUCCAGCUUCGAUGACAUUUACGUCCUGCAGAAGAAGCUAGUGUCCUUCGUCAGAGUGAAGUAACAUCUGGCCUAGGACUAAGAGAAGCUGAAGGAAGAGCCCAGGGAAGUUGUAGCAGCUGAAGGCCUGGCUGUAGGACUUGCUGUUUCCCCAUACCAAGGUGAGACAGCAGAUUAAUGACUGCUUGUAUGAACUGCAACAUGCCUGGUAUCCCUGCACCAACUUCCCAACAGCCUGCUGCCGCUUCACUUCUGCUAACCACAAUGUUUCUGUGGAUUUUCUUAACUAGAAGCCUAUGGGGAAGGAUUCUGGGAAGCAUAGUCUAGUCAAGGGGACAUGUUAGAAAGUCACCCUGCCAUGAUUCAGCUCCCAAAGGUCUCACCACUCACCUAAGGAUAACUGACAAAACUACAUUGCUGAAAAUGUAAAGCUGAAGACCAUGGAUUUCAUGAUGGUCCCAGCAAGCAAAGAAAUCCUGUCAAGCUCAUCCAUAACAGUCUUGCUGGUCUCAGCUGUUAUUUGUGUCACUCAUCCAGUUAUUGAAAACGUGACCCAUAGUUUUCACUGUACAUGAUACCAAGAUCCAGAAAUGCAAUUUUAUAAACUGCAUCAAUAUGUAUCACCAGUGAUAAAAGAUCUCCAGUUUAUUAUGGACCUUGAUGUCCAAAACAUAGAAUCUAGUGUACUAUGGAGAAGCCAGCCCUUGUUUGAGUUUUUUUGAGAUUCUAUAGAAGUUGGAAACAAUUAUUUCUAUUUCUAAGCUGUUCUAUUUUAAAGUUAUUUUAAAACAAUUUUCUUGUUCUAUUUACUGGUUUUUAUGUUAGUGUUUCUUUGAGAACUGUUUGGUGGUGGUAACAGUGUUAACUGCUAUGGAAAAAUUGGGAUUAUGGGUGGCCAGAUGAAGGUCAGUUCUGUCAUUUCCUUAGGCUUCAGAUUGGGGUGGCUGCAGGCUAGGUAGUGUGCUUGCUAUUCAUCUACCUUGCAGUCGCUAAGGUCCCUCCAGGCCUAGGCUGGUUGAGAAGAAUCAUUGGGUGGCUUCCGUGCUAGGCACCCUGGGGCAGAGCCUGGUGUAUGAAAAGCUGGCUUCACCCUUCAGAGAAUGGCGAAAGUCUAAGUUGGGAGUUUCCUUCCCAGGCUCAUGCCCUGAGCUCAGGAUGGUGACCUGCUGCCUGCAAGCAUCUGGCUGCCUCCAAGGGUCAGCUUCCCCAUGCCGUCCCAAACUCAUGAACAGGACCUCGGGCUACACGAAUCUGAAGGGUGUGGGGCUGGCAGACCCAGUCUUUGAGGUCUUUCACAAACCCUGCUCAAGGAGUUUCUUCCCUUCUGUGGAGGGUAUGUGUGCUGGGGGUGGGGGGAGACCUGUCUAAAGGCCAGCACUUAGAGCCACUCAGAUGAAGGACCUGCCCCUCCGGACAUUGCCAGGGAACCCAGACAUCUUAGUUUUUUUCUUUCUUGUUUGUUUCAGGCUACAUAAACUGUUAGCAGUAAAUGAAAAUGAGUAUUUUACUGAACUGCAGUUGAAAGAAGUAGUACUGUAGGAGAGAAAAACUAUUAAGAGAAGAAAGACAUUCUUUUGUGGCUGAAAAGCUGAACUGGAAUUCAGGAAAUGGCAUCCAAAUCUAGAGAUGUACCGUAUAGAACAUCUGAAGUGGUUGGGUUCCAAAUAACUAAGCAUGCAAAUUUGAAGAAAAGCGACCUUAAGAGGGUAUACAUGAGUUCCACUCAGAUUAUUAGUGUCUGUCAGUGACCCACCUUGUUACUGCCCCUCCCCCAUCUGCUUUUCUGGUCUUUGCCCCACAACUUAAGAACGGGUACCAAAGUAGCAUUCAUAAUUGGCUCUACAACAUUGUAACUCCAUCUUAUCACUUAUGGGAACUACAGCUCUGGUCCCCAAGUGUGCCGAGGACCAUCCAGUUCCCUGGAUUGUGUUGCCAAUUUUGCCUGGGAUCUGAUGCUCAGGAAUUGAGUAGCUGACCUUGUGAUCCAAAGUCCGGGUCCACAUUGAUGCCUCCAUUCAGACUUUAUUGUGUUAAGCCCCUAGACUACUUACUGCCCCACCAGUACAUCACACCUGUCUGCUUCCUGUGUUCUCCCAAAGUGUAAGCCCUGUUCUCUGUUCAGUGCAGUGGGAAGAUGCUGUACGCAGCUAGUACUGGUUGUGUGGCUCUAUAUAGCACUUAAGCUCUUUGAGCUUUAAUGGACUUCACUGUAAAAUAAAGCUGAUGAUACCUUAAGUUCCUUCAACCCUGUACGAUUGUUGUCAACCUCAAAGGUUGUUUCUGGAAAUAAUUUGCAAAUUGUAAAAAAACAAAAACUACUCAAGCA